GGACUUAAAAGGCGACGCUUUGAGCAGCUGGAGGAGUUUUUCUUGGAGCUCUGUUGAGAUUUGACACUGAUCUGAUUUUUGGGAUUCACACAUGAGGAUGAGGAGCAGCAGCUGGAUUUCACUCUGCGGGGUUUUGGCUGCGGUUUGUGCCGUCCAGGCGACCUACACAUAUUACCCGAUGCUGCGUUGCGACUGCAAUGGGAGGUCUCGGUACUGCCUUCGGGACUCCUGGGGUCUGCACUGCGUUGACUGUCAGGGAAACACAGAGGGCCGCCGCUGCGAGCGCUGCAAGGACGGCUUCUACCUGGAGGGGGCGGGACAGAGCUGCACACCCUGCCGCUGCAACCCCACAGGUUCCGUCAGUGCUACGUGUGACAGCAGGGGGCGCUGCAGCUGUAAAGAUGGCGUCACCGGGGAAAAAUGCGAUCGCUGCCCAGACGGACCGAUCGGACGAAACGGCUGCUCGCAAAGACGUCAGCUCAGAGAGGAUUCUGGGAGUUCGACUCUGCCGUGUUUCUGUUACGGCCACGGCAGCAGCUGUUCUCCACAGUCUGGUUACUCCAUCCACAGCAUCACCUCCACCUUUACCGACGGUCCGGAUGGCUGGAAGACAACGACAGCGCAGGGCGUCUCCCCCGGCGACGUUCACUUCCGCUGGUCACCUAAACACCAGGACAUGGAGGUGAUCUCCAAAAGCAGCCUGCCGGUUUACCUGUCCGCCCCAGCUCCUUACCUGGGGAAUCACUUACUUAGUUACGGCCAGAACUUCUCCUUCCUGUUGCGUCUGGACCGCGGCGUCCGACACCCGUCCACCAAUGAUGUGAUCCUGGAAGGUGGCGGCCUGCGAGUCAGCACCUCGCUGGGAGACCUGCGGUCCAUCGUCCCCUGCGGACAGAAGAUCAGCUACAGCUUCAGACUGGAUGAGCAGCCUGGCAGCAGGUGGAGGCCUCAGCUCUCCUCCUUCCACUUCCAAACACUCCUGCAGAACCUCACUGCCAUCAAGAUCCGAGCAACAUUUGGUGAAAACGGACGUGGUUACCUUGACAACGUGAAGCUGGUGUCGGCACGGCAUGGCGACGGUGUCCCGGCCCGCUGGGUCCAGACCUGCAGCUGCCCCCUGGGGUAUGAGGGCGAGUACUGCGAGCGCUGCUCGGCUGGAUUCAGGCGCAGGGUCCCUGCAGACGGAGCCUUCAGCCCCUGCGAGGCCUGCAACUGCAGGGGGGGCAGCUGCGACCCGCAGACCGGAGACUGUUACUCUGCCGACGAAACCACCGGAGAGCCGAGCUGCUCUGAGGGGUUUUACCGCGACCCCUGGCAGCCUCGCACCUGUGCGAAGUGUCCCUGCCCGGAUGGAGUGUCCUGCUCGCUGCCUGCUGGCUCACUGGAGCCCCGCUGUGACCGCUGCCCAACCGGAAGCACAGGUCCCCGCUGUGAUGUCUGUCAGGAGGGUUUCUAUGGUGACCCUGCAGGGGCCGCCGAUGUGCAUCGACCCUGCAGACCCUGCGCAUGCAACGGUCACAUCGACAUCGGUGUGGCGGGAAGCUGCGAUCGCAGCAGCGGUGAAUGUCUGAAGUGUUUGAACAACACGAAGGGACGGAGCUGUGAGGCCUGCGUGGCGGGUUUCUACCACGGCCGAACCACCGACGCCUGCAAACCAUGCGACUGUGACGUUCAAGGCUCCGAGUCCAGACAGUGUGAUGAUUUGGGUCGCUGCCGCUGCAGACCGGGUUUCGAGGGUCUGAGGUGCCAACGGUCCAACUGUCCCGCCUGUUUCAGACCCAUCAAGUUGAAGAUGGAGGCUUACGCUGCCAAACUGAAGGAGCUGGAGACUCUGUUCUCAGACAUGGAUGGAGGUUUGAAGCCAGCCAACAGCGCUGAGAUGGAGGCUGCUCUGAGAGCCACAGAGGAGCUGGUGGACGACCUGCAGGCCGAUGCCGAGCUGCUCUCAGGAUUGGAGAAGAGCCUGCAGGGUCGUCUGUCGUCUAUCAGCAGGAGUCAGCUGUCUGAGGGGCAGGACGUCCAAAACAUCGCCGACGCUGCAGACGACAUCCAACAACGACAGCAGACGUACGAGACGACGGUGGAGGAGGUUCAGAGUCUGAUGGAGGAAAUGAAACGCAAACUGGACAAAGCCAAGACCGACCUCAGAACAGCUGAGUUUCCUCUUGGAGACGCUCCUCUGGGUCCGAACUUCCUGUCCUCUUUGGUGCAGACAGCCGGCAGUCUGGCUGAGAAACAUCAGACGAAGGCCGACGCCGUGGAGCGAAGCGCCGCCGACGCUCUGAGUGACUCUCAGAAGAGCCUGGCUCAGGUCCGGACUCUCAUGAACAAAGAGAACAAAGUCAAAGAGCUGAUUGGAGAUCUGAAAACCAUGUAUGAUCGGACCUCGGCCCAGGUGAGGGGUCUGGAGAACCAGGCAACCCAGCUGAGCGGUGAGGCCAGGGUUGAGAGCGAAAUGGCCGAUGGGAUGCUGAAAGAUAUCGUCACCAUGGAGCGAGGUCUCCCAUCAUCCCUGAAGGAGGGGGUGGACGCCAUGGUUUCCACGCUGGGUGGUCUGAAGGAAGCGGCGGACGGGGACAUCUCAGGCUUCGAGGCGUUGCAGAACGGAGUGCAGCGAGACAUGGCCGCCACUCAGGACCUGCUGGCCAAGGGCAAGGCCGCCCAGCAGGACUUCAGCAAACUGCUGGACAGAGUCAAUGUAGCCAAGGACGACGCCAAAGGUGCUUUGGAACGCAUCAGCAGCAACACCAACGAGCUGGACGACGCCCUGAACACCCUGAAAGGGUUCGAUAAGCAGAUCGACGGCAACCGAGCUCUGGCUGACGCCGCUAUCAAGCGUCUUCCCGGCAUCAGCGCCACCAUCCAGCAGGCUGUCAGCAACAACGCUGAGACACUGUCCGUCCUGGGAGACGUGUCUAAUGAUUACGACAAUGCACUGGGAACCAUCAAUGUGCUGGAGAACCUGGUCAACGGUCUGGAGGGAACAUUUGGAUCUUUGCCGUCUCAUGCUGGUCUGGUGAAUGAAGCCACUAACUUGAACCAGGACGCAAAGGACCUGAGGACGAAGGCGGUCGGUGCAUCUGGAGACCUGAACCUCGAGCUGGACGCUGCCAGGAGGCUGGAGGCUGAGGCUGAGCAGGCGGCUGUUGGAGCGGCUGCAGCUUUGAACAACGCCAAGCAGACCAGAGCCGCUGUGGGACAAACACUACGAGACAUCAACGCCCUGCUGGCUAACAUGAACCAGUCCGGUGUUGUGGAUGAAAAGCGUCUGAAGCAGCUGGAGGACUCUCUGGCCGGCGCUCAGAGAGACGUGGAUGGGCAUCUGAGGCCUCAUCUCAGGGACAUGGAGGAGCGGGAGGCUGCCCAGCGACGCCAGCUGACCGGCAUCAACCUGGACAUCGACACCAUCCUGGGAGACAUCGCCAACCUGGAGGACAUCCUGAGGACCGUCCCCAACGGCUGCUUCAACAGCCCGCCCAUCGAGGAGGCCUGAGGACGGCCGAGAGACACGUGACAGUACCUGCUGCCGAGUUCUGGUUUCACAGAGUCCAGAUCACAAUGAGAGUCCUGCCGUUUCAACAAUCAUCUAUCUUAGUGGUUUCAUCAGAUAACUGAAAGAAGACAGUGAGUCUUUGACUGAUUGGCUGAUCAUAACAAUAGUAGAACAACUUUAUCCAUAGCAUCUUCCUGGAACAGUGAAAGAAUAAAGAUAGAAUCACAAACUGAAGCUAUCAGAUGAGCUGAUGAGCUUCAGUCUUCAGCUCUUGUAACACAAUCCAUCGCUUCCAGUGUUUUCACUGAUGAAUCAACGAAAUGUUUGAUGGUUCCUGCUGGUUCUUCAAUGUAGGCACAGUGGAAGAAAGCAAGAGAAGAAAGAAGAAAACCUCUGGGUUUUUCAGAGGAAAGGAGGAAUAAAUGAUAAAUGAUGCUAAUUAUGUUACUGGUCCUGAAUUUAUACAUCAUCUCAGGCUGUGUUAGAAAGUGUUCGAGGGGAAAUCACUCCUCAGUGCUUCAGUGUGUCAGAGCAGCAGAGGUGGACAGUUCCUCACUUUUCAUCCAAAAUUGCCUACAUUUCCCAUAAUUCAGCUGGCUAGUAUCAUGCAGGUGGAUGCUGUGUGUAUGAAACUAUACUUGUUGUUGUGUUUAUAUUUCUGAUACUGAUGUGAUGUAUGUCAAUGUAAAAAUAUUCUAUUUAUAACUGUACAUACAGUGCAUCUUUUUUAUUACUCUGUUUAUUUGUACUGUGUUACUGUGUACUGUGGCGACCAGCAGAAAUAUUUUUAUCUCACUGCUUUUUAAUAAAACCUGCUGCACUUUUUUCUGAUC